GGGAGUAGCAAAACAGACGAUUGCUCUUCGUCUCUGUUUUAGCUUUUUCUACUUUCCUUGAUGGGAUCUAUGGAAACUGGGAAGCGCGCCUCAGUGAUCCGCUCGCCUCCUUUGGCCGCAGGCCGGUCGUUUUUUCAACGGCCGAGGUCAAGGCUAGCGCGUUUCCUCCUUUUCGAGAAGGUAGACUAUCUCCAGUGGAUUUGCACAGUAGUGGCGUUCUUCUUCGUUGUAAUCCUCUUCCAGGCAUUCCUACCUGGUUCUAUCUCGGAGAAGUUCCCGAGUCGGCGCUCCUUUGAUGUAGAUCGAGGGGUAGUGAAGAGUAGUUUCCGGGAAUUGGAAUUCGGGGAUGGUAUUCGUUUCGUGCCGGCGAAGCUGCUGGAGAGGUUUGAGAGGGAGAAGAAGGAGGUAGAUUCGUUCUUGGUAGCAUCGGGGAGGCCGAUGAGGAGGGCUGGGCUCAGAAAACCGCGGCUGGCACUGGUAGUUGGUGGACUCUCGCCGGAUGCUAUGCAGCUGCAGAUGGUUAGCAUUGCUGCUGCCUUGAAGGAGCUUGGAUACGACAUUGAGGUUUUUUCAUUCUACGAUGGCAGUGUACAUGCUGUUUGGAGAGCCAUAGGGAUAGAAGUUAACAUCUUGCCAGUGGACAUGAAACAAGGAUUCACUAUAGAUUGGUUAGACUACAGUGGAGUUCUUGUGAGCGCUAUCCAAGCCAGGCUUGUGAUUUCAUGUCUUUUGCAGGAGCCUUUUAAGUCUAUACCUGUCAUAUGGAUUAUACGAGACCAGUCCCUGGCUGUCCGUUUAAGUUACUAUGCCAAAAACGGUCACUCUGGGAUUCUUAAUCAAUGGAAGCAAGUUUUUAGCAGGACUAAUGUUGUAGUUUUCACAAACUAUCUUUUACCGAUUAUAUUUUCAGCAUUUGAUGCGGGCAAUUACUUUGUAAUUCCAAGUUCAGUUCCCGAGGCAUGGAUGGCAGAUAAUUUUCUUGCUGUACAUAACCAAAGCAAUUUAAGAAUUAACACUAAUUAUAGUUCAGAGGAUUUUCUCAUUGUUUUAGUUGGCAGUCAAUUUGAAUACAGUGGCAAGUGGUUGGAACAAGCACUUGUAUUGCAAGGUCUGACACAACUACAGAACGAAUUUCGUUUUAAAAACUAUUCUUAUCCUAUAUUGAAAAUUGGAUUAUUAAGCGGGAACUCGAGUAACACUUACAAAAUGUCUCUGGAGACUAUUGCUUUAAAUUUUGGUUUUCCAAGGGGCAUUGUUCAACAGAUUGGUGGUAGUGUUGACGAUUGCAGUUUUCUUGGUAUAACUGACGUCGUCAUAUAUGCAUCCUUUCAUGAGGAACAAUCUUUUCCACCAGUUUUGCUCCAGGCUAUGAGCCUAGGAAAGUUAGUUGUUGCUCCUGAUCUCGACGUGAUUAAUAAAUAUAUUGUUGAUGGUGUGAAUGGUUUUCUUUACCCAAAAGACAAUGUUGGCAAGUUGAUGCGGAUUCUACAGGGUGCAAUUUCAAAGGGUGAACUAUCUCCUUUGGCAAAGCAAAUUGCAUCAUUAGGCCAAAGGCAAGCAAGAAAUCUAAUGGUCUCUGAAACUAUUCAAGGCUAUUCAUGGUUACUCGAAAACAUCAUCAAGUUCCCAUCAGAGAUUUCUCUUCCAAAAGCAAUUGGGGAGAUACCUUCAAAGAUGAAAGAGGAAUGGCAGUGGCAUCUGUUUGCUAAUCUAAGUGAUAUGGGCAAUCUAAAUGAAACUAAUAGAAAGUACGGAUUUUUUGAUAAACUAGUGGAAUGGAAUCAAACUGAUAUGGAAGCUGAUACUAAUACCAGUUCAAGGUUGAAUGAAUCAUUUUCCUCCAUAAAUUGGGAAGAAGAAAAGAGGAUUGAGACGGCCAAUGCUAGAAAAAGGUUAGAAGAAGAAGAGUUGAAGUACAGAACUGAUCAGCCUCGUGGCACAUGGGAGGAAGUCUAUCGAAGUGCAAAAAGAGCUGACAGGGCAAAAAACGAGUUGCAUGAAAGUGAUGAGAAAGAGCUUGAGCGGACAGGCCAGCCUCUGUGUAUUUAUGAACCUUAUUUUGGUGAAGGAACGUGGCCAUUUCUGCACAACAGUUCACUGUACCGUGGAAUUGGCUUGUUAUCCAAAGGGCAGAGGCCUGGAGCCUAUGAUAUAGAUGCUAUUUCUCGACUACCUCUUCUUGGUAAUUCAUAUUACCGUGAUACGCUGGGUGAAUUUGGAGCCUUUCUUGCUUUAGCCAAUCGCAUAGACCGAAUACACAAGAAUGCUUGGAUUGGUUUUCAGUCAUGGAGGGUCGGAGCCAGAAAGGAAUCCUUAUCUAAGAAGGCUGAGAAGGCACUCUUGGAGUCCAUUGAAGCACAAAAACAUGGUGAUGCAUUAUAUUUUUGGGUUCGUAUGGACAAGGAUCCAAGAAAUCCUCUGCAGCAAGGUUUCUGGUCCUUUUGUGAUGCUAUAAAUGCUGGAAACUGCAGGGUAUACACUUGGUGGCCUCUGGCCAAUGACGAUUAUGACCUGGAGCUUUUUCCUCAUGCACAACAAAUGAAGAAAUUCAAUGAGCCUUGGUUUACUGUUUCUAAGGCUCUGCAGCAGAUGUAUGGUGUAACACAUGACCUGGAUGCUUUGCCCCCAAUGCCUAAAACUGGCGGCACUUGGUCUGUCAUGCAUAGUUGGGCAUUACCAACGAGAUCUUUUCUUGAGUUUGUCAUGUUUUCAAGAAUGUUUAUAGAUGCCUUGGAUGCACAGAUGUAUGAGCAGCACCAUCAAAGUAGUUUAUGCCUUUUAAACUUAGGGAAGGAUCGGCAUUGCUACUCUCGAAUGCUGGAGCUACUCAUCAACGUGUGGGCUUACCACAGCGCACGGCAGAUCAUUUAUGUGAAUCCAGAAACUGGAGCAACGCAUGAGCAGCACCAAUUGAAAAGAAGGAGAGGCAAAAUGUGGAUCAAAUGGUUCUUAUUCUCCACUCUCAAAAGCAUGGAUGAGGAAUUAGCUGAGGAAUCCGACGACUCCGACCACCCUAACCGGCGAUGGCUGUGGCCCUCGACCGGUGAGGUCUUUUGGCAGGGCAUCUAUGACCGGGAAAGGAGCAUUCGGCACCACCAGAAGGAGAAGAGAAAGCAACAAAGCAAGGAGAAGAUUAGGAGAAUAAGGGGUAGGACACGGCAAAAAUCUCUGGGAAAGUAUAUAAAGCCACCACCAGAAGCCAUUGCUGAACCUGCGAGAGGUAACUAACUGAUUAAUGGUUUCGCUUACAGAUUCAUUUGGUGAUUCUUUCUUAUUACUUUUUAUAAUGUUUAGCAGUCUAAUAUGCAAUUAGAUUAGUAUUUAUUUAGUAUUAUUAUUAUUUUUUUUUGGUAGAUUUCAUUGUAUGAUUUUGUUGUUGUUAGUUAUCCUAUGGUGUAAUAAACUGUAUUUGGGGUUGAUGUUUGUCUUCCCUCUUUUACUGAUGGGUUAGAAUAGAAUGUUGAACUCAAAA